CUGGGGGAAAAAAAAAAAAAAAGUCCAGAAUUGUAAACAGUGAGUCCCAAUUAGAAGACGGACGUCGAGGGAAAAAUCAAGUUGCGUUCUGUAAGCAGUACUUUCGUAGAGAAUGGAACCGAGAGAUGGUCAAUCUUCCCAAGAUGGGGCAGCUCGAAUUUUGGUGGAGUUCUUGGAUGUGGCAAUCACUUCAAUUGUUUUCCUCAAAGGAGUUUAUCCUACUGGUGCUUUUGAAAGGAGGAGGUAUAUGAAUUUGGUGGUUCAGAGGGCUCGUCAUCCUGAGCUGAGGGAUUACAUUCAUUCAGCUGUUUCUGGACUUCUUCCUUUUGUACAAAAGGGUCUGGUAGAGAGAGUAGCAGUUAUCUUCUUCAACACUGACAACACACCUAUUGAAAGAUUCAUGUUCAAACUUGUAAUCAGCCAGUCUUAUGGCUCAAAGGUUGAAGAAGCCGACUUGGAGUUCUCUCUUAGGUCGUUUUUGGUCAAGCUUUCGGUCUCCGAACCCCUUACAAGAGCUUUAUCUCAUGAUUGCAGGUGGGAGAUAACAGCUUAUUUCCGAUCCCUUCCGGACGCAGGCAUGAGUAAGGAUGCAGGGUUAUGGAUCCCAACAGACACAAAACAGUGGCAGCAACCUCCAUUUAUCACCCCAAUCAAGUCCAUGAGCAGUGAGCCUCUGAGUGUGCAGUUAUACUUGGAACAUGCGACUUCUGAUGAACCAAAGACUUAACAGAGAUUGUAAUCUGGGUAUAAAUUUUAUUUGCUUUGCCUUGAAGAAAUAAAGCCAAAAAUUGGAAAUCUUAGCUUAAAUAGCAAAUGGACUUUGCUUAGAGCAGGAAGUGGAUGGCAACAUUGUAAUUUACGGAGGAUGGUACACCAUGAUGAUAGAACCAAACCAGCUGUUAAGUACCUUAUUUAUUUUAGUGUACGAGUAGCUACCAAUGGCAUGGGAUGCGAUUGGUGAAUCUAUUAUCAAUAUACAGAGCUUGGUUUUCCUGAAAUCCAAUAUUUGGAGGUAUCUGUAUGUUCAGUGAAUUUUAUUUUAUUUUUUUAUGUCCCAGCAAGUUGCUGUGUUUUGUC